AUGGCAGAAGUUGGAGCACCAGACAAAAUAGAAGAAGUAGAGGUUGAUGAUGUGAGAAAGAGCAAACCUGCACCAUACACAAAAUAUGUAAUUCCAUCAAUCCGAGAAGUUGAUGGAGGCUCUUAUGACCCAAAGGUCAUCUCCAUUGGUCCCUACCAUAGCAAGAAAACUCAACUAUUGCCAAUGGAGGAUACAACCCGUGCUUCUGAGCCUCAAGUGCGGAAAAUGUAUUCAGAGAAGUUUGGACUUGAAUCAGAUGACUUGGCUGAAACCUUGGUGCUGGAUGGCUGCUUCAUCCUUGAGCUUUUCAUCAAGUUAGCUUUGAAAGAAGAAAAUGAAGUAAUAUUUGAUGAGAUGUGGAAAUUACCUCUGAUUUUUAAUGAUUUGCUCUUGUUGGAGAACCAAAUCCCAUUCUUUAUCCUUCAGGAGUUGUUUGACUGCACCAUCAUCCCAGGGAUCUCUACAAAGGACAAGAAUGAGCCUCCACUGAUUACUUUGCCCAAUCUAGCUCUCAUUUGCACCACCACAAGUCUAAGCAUGAGCACCUUACAAAUGUUUCCUGAUGAUGUUGAAAUACACCAUCUUCUUCAUCUAUUCCACAUGAAUCUCACUCCCAGUCCUAAGCAAAAGGGAUCAAGAUUCUUCCCAGUUGACAAUAUACCAACUGCCACGGAGCUACAAGAAGCUGGGAUAAUAUAUAUUCAGGGAAAAGAGAAGAUCCAAUGUGCUUCCUAG